AUGGCCGUGGUUUCGGCUUUGUUGGAGAUUCUAGAAAGGUCACCCACAAUUGGGGAUGUCUUCGUGGAGCUGAUGGUGUUUUUCGGUCCUCUAUGGAUUGCUGUUCUUGUUGGGCUUGUGGUUGGAUGGUCUUGGAAGCCAAAAUGGGCCAAUUUGGGGAGAGACAAACUGGCUUCUUCAAUUUCGACUUCUUCUUCUUCUUCUUCUUCUUCUUCUUCUUCUUCUUCCUCCCCCUCCUCUUUUUUCCCUGCUUUGAUACUAUCACUAUCGUCAGGUUUUGGUUCCAUGUCUAGCUUGAGUUCAUUGAAGUCACAAUUGCCCAGUUGCAUCUCUUGGAUCUCCGACGACUCCCUGGAGAAGGAGACCUUCUCCUUACCAUCGACCACAAAUCCAGACUGCGGUUCAUCGCAGCUUGAAAGGGAAACUUCAGUGGUUGUGACUGGGGAGGAUCUAGAGCAUCUGUCCCAGCUUGUUGAGGUUAAAGAUGGAGGUCCAGCGUGGAUACACAUGAUGGACCGUUCUACUCCUACUAUGAGCUAUCAAGCUUGGCGGAGAGAUCCAGAGACUGGCCCUCCUGAAUAUCGUAGCAGAACAGUCUUUGAGGAUGCUACACCGGAGAUGGUGAGGGACUUCUUCUGGGACGAUGAGUUCCGAUCCAAGUGGGAUGACAUGUUGAUAUAUUCUGCUACAGUGGACGAAUGCUCGACCACAGGAACGAUGAUAGUCCAUUGGAUUCGCAAGUUUCCUUUCUUCUGUAGUGACAGAGAAUACAUAAUUGGGCGUCGAAUUUGGCAAUCUGGAAGAUCAUACUACUGUGUUACAAAGGGAGUACCCUGCUCCUCGGUGCCAAGGCGCAACAAGCCAAGACGUGUUGACCUGUACUAUUCUAGUUGGUUUAUUCGUGCAGUGGAAUCAAAGAGAGGGGAUGGUCAGAUGACUGCUUGCGAGGUGCUUCUCUUUCAUCAUGAAGAUAUGGGUAUUCCAUGGGAAAUUGCGAAACUUGGUGUACGUCAGGGGAUGUGGGGAGCUGUAAAGAAGAUUGAGCCUGGCUUACGAGCGUAUCAGAAAGAUAGAGCAUCAGGGUCACCACUCUCCCAUUGUGCUUUCAUGGCUCAGAUGAACACCAAAAUCAAUCCAGAGUACCUGAGAUCUUUAGAAACCACCAGUGACUCACCUGAGGCUGAAAUAAUAAAUUCAUCUGAUAAACCAUUAGGGAGGAGCAUACCUAAGCUCCUGUUUAUUGGUGGAGCUGUCGCACUUGCAUGUACUCUUGAUCAGGGCCUAUUGACUAAAGCAGUUAUAUUUGGAGUAGCCAGAAGGUUUGCAAAGAUUGGCAGCAGGAGAUUGUGACUCGAAUCCAUGUAAAAAAACAAAAAAAAGCUACAACUCAUUUUGCUGAGUGAGCUGACACUGAUAUGAUGGACGCUCACUUGCUUCGUAAGAUGAGUUUGUUUUCUUUUCUCCUUGUUUCCUGUUUUAAUUUAACUGUGAUUUUACAAAUGGGAAGAGAGGAGGGAAUUGGUUGUACGUUUGUAUCCAGCAGAAUAGAAAAUCUCAUUUGAGGAUCCUUUGCCAUUGAAAUCAUACACAAAUCCAGUUUUUUCA